GUGGAUGACGUAGUCGUGGAUUUUAGUUCCGUGUACGUAGUUUUCCCCGUUAAUUAGUCCAAAAAAAAAGGUGUCGUCGUUGCUCGAUUAAUCAUUCAGUAGUGAGACGUUAAAAUGUGAUUAUAGUGAUUUAAAUAAUUAUUUAAUGUGGUUCAGAGUUGCUGGUUAUGGGUUAGGGAAAAUUCUCGCUCAACAAUUUAGAGCAAAUAAACGUGGUCCAGCGAUUUUUUGGGAUGCAUGUCGUUCGACGUACAAGAUGCCUACAAUAAUAAGAUUAUCGAGGGUUCCUACCGAUUGCUCCCUCAAUCAGAAGGACGUCUGACUCAUUUACUUUCAAUCAAUGACCUUAUGGAACCUGAUCAGGUCAGCAUGGGCGAAAACAAUCAAGAUGACAGCGUCAUCGAAGAAAUACUCAGUCUGGAUGGUGUUGAAACUGAAUUGAAACGAUCAACGAAUAAACAAAUUUUAAGCGAACAACAAAAAUAUGCAGACGAACAUUUGUUCCUACGCUAUCUGGAACUGGAUCCCAUUGAAGGUCCAGACGCUGUUCCAGCUGCUAUGCAACGAAGAGCAACUGGCAAUAAAUUUGGCAGAACUCCAUUCACUCAUACCAAGAGACUGACACGCCCUGCCAAAUCUGGAUUCGGUUUUUCAGUGGUCUGGACUCAUCCGCCUCGCAUCGAACGCGUAGAAAAAGGCCUGCCAGCCGAGAAGGCCGGAAUUCUACCCGGUGACUACAUAAUCUUUGUAGACAAACACAAUGUCGUGAUGACGCCCGAAAUUGAUAUACUCAAUCUAAUUAGAUCUUACGGAAGUCAAUUAACUUUAGAAAUAUUCAGAAGAAAUCCAUCCAGAAACGGUUCAGUGCCCAGCGUUAAUCAAAAAUCUACUACAAUAGUCACUCCUAGUUCGAUUCGCACUGAUAGCAAUGUGAAUAUCCCGAGUAGUGCUACAGCCGCUACAGCCGCUACAGCCUUGCGUAGACCGUCUACAGUUUGUUCAACGAAUACAGCUUCUGUAGAUUAUAGAAGGCGGAAAUUGAACUUGCCACAAGUGACCUUCAGUUCGGAGAAGCCUAUUACAAAUCCUGAGGAGAGCAGAAAACGAACAAUUUACCAAUUAAUAGGCAAAGAACAACAAUACGCUACUGCUUUACAGUUUGCCGUCACAAGAUUCGUUUCGGCUUUGGCUGAACGAAAAGAUCUUAUAACCCCUGCAGAGCAUAAGACUCUAUUUCAAAAUUCAGAAGAGAUUCUUCGUAUAACCGAAGACAUUUUAGACCAUUUAGUACACGAAGAUGGCGAAAUGGACACCAACAUGUUAACCAAAAUUUAUAGGUGUAAACUAAGGGAAAUUAAUACUGCUUACAAAAAAUAUUGCGCGGGUAUUAAAAAAGCCGAUUGCGUUUUGGCUGAUAAAAUGAAAAAUUGCAAUUCGGAUUUUGUAAGAUUUGUUCAAUGUCCAACAAUUCCUAGAAGAAGGCCAGAUUUAACAUCAUUUAUUCAUAAACCCUUAGAGCAUUAUAGAGAAGUUUUAAAAAUUUUAAUGGGCAUACAGGGACACACUCCACCAAAACAUGAAGAUUUUCCUGUGAUAAAUCAAAUUGUGCACGAAAUGCAGGUUACGUAUAGAGAAAUCACAUCUGAAGGUGGUUUAAUGGAACCUUGCGGUGAAGGCAGACCAUUAUUGUCUGUACAAGAUUUAGAAAAUAGAUUAGUUUUUACCAAGUGCAAGCCUUUUGUAUUAAACAAACCAGGUCGCCAAUGGAUUUUCGGUGGCGACCUGAGCAGGGUAGAAGGCCGAAACGUCCGUCAAUACUGGACAUUACUUUUCAGUGAUCUCUUAUUGUUUGCCAAAGCUUCCAGAGAUAGAGUCUUAUUUAUAACAGAAGAUCCUCUACCUUUAUGCCACAUAACAGACAUGUAUUUUAAUAUUAGAAAAAAAGAUACUGAAUUUAGGAUAUCAAUAAAUCCGGAUGCCAAAAAUGAUCAGGCGACAAGUCCUACGAUUCAUUGCGGUCCGGAUUUGUCUAGGACUCCUAAGAAAAAUUCUAGUAAAAAAACUGUGAUCCUGCGCGCGCCUUCGACUGAACUCAAAGCGGUGUGGCAAAACUUAUUACAGAGACAAAUCUUCCAAAUAAACUCAGGCACGGACAACAGCGCGCUCAGUUCACCAAUAGAAUCGCCCAUGGACUUGGUGCCGAUCAACUCGUCGGUAGGCACUCUACAAUCGAUGGAAACGAACUCGUUCAGACGGCAGCCUAGCCAAACUCUUGACAAUGAUUGUCGUCGCAACAACAACCGGAAUGAUGAUGUCAAGAAGCAGCUUGAAACGUUGAUUGAGCACAAGUGCAAGCAAAUGGGCAAGAGCAGUUUUAAUGGCAAAUGUAACGCUAUUCAUUUGGAACAGUGGAUGAAAGGACAGUUGGACGGUGCGGAUCCUGGUAGUCCUGUUGUUGAACAAAUCGAUGAAGAAUGGACCGAGGAGAUGUUGAGGAGGAGAAGCGAAGAAUUACAAUUGAUUGAUCACAAAGGAAAUAUGACUCAAGAUUCAAAAAUAGGUUGUGAAGAAUUAGUAAUAAGCGAUCACGAUGAGCAAAGUCCGUCCAAAAGUACCACGACUGAAAGUCAGGUGACUGUGAGAUCGAGCCCGAUAGUACCGGAAACCGUCCCCGUAUGCCGUCAGUGCCACAAAAAUUGCCUUUCUAACGUUUUAGCUAAUAGCAACAAACAUGAACAUCAUCAAGACUGCAGCGUUAAUCAAACAAACAACAAUCCAAUUAGUAGUACUGGUAGUACUGAGACGAAUAAUAUUAAGGAAGAUGAUAAUGAUUGGCAAACAUUUCUUUUGCUUGGAGUUUGCGCCAAUCCAGUAGCCAAUUUGAUUAAGUACGAUCCGUUCAAGGCUCCACAAACACCUGAAAACCAAGAUAAAAGUACUUCUUGUAUGUGUAUAGCUAAUGGAAAUUGUAACAAAUCAAUGCUCAACAAGUUUGAUCAAGACAUCUCUCCGGAUGAUUCUCCACAAACCGAAGAACCUCCGUAUCAUUCUUUGAGCAGCUCAGCACAAACUCUGAGAAGAUAUGGAACGGUGGCCAGUUUGGAACGGUGCGGAUCAGAACACGAUAACGGAACAGAAAAUCAUUAUUCAUCAGAAGAAAGUGAUAUUGAAGAUGAUGAUUAUCUGGGUAUCGAUAAUGAAGCUUUCAAUCAUUCUUCUAUUAUGAGUUGGACUGCAAGGGCUGGUAGUUACGUGGCUGAGAAGAUGUCGUUUUUUGAAAAGCUUGGUGAAGAUUAUAGGAGUGGUGGUGGAUUUUUUGAUCGAUACCUCAAGUCUUCUGAUGGCCAAGUCAAUGGCGAAGAUCCUCAAGAAGAGGAAACUUCCGGAGCAACUUCCGGCGAAGAAGUUUGGGGCACUCCAACUAGCGGAGGCGAACUGGACUCUCCGAAUUCGCCAAACUACGACGGAAAACUUUCGCCCAACAACGGUUCAUAUUGUUCAGACAAUCCAGAUGACACCGAAAUAAUGAUGGACGAACUUCUAAUGGCACCACCCAUAACAGGAGCAGUUUUAAGAGGCCUAUUACCUCGAAGAACACUAGAACCACUAAUCGAAGAAGAUUUCUCAGACAGCACCUCAUCUUCAUCUUCCUCAGACCCGAUAUCGCCUCAAUCUAACUCUUCGGAACAGGACAGGAGAAGUGGAAGUGCUGCUGACACAUCUUCUCGGGAUGUUGUCGAACGCGCACGAAACGAACGCAUAAUUGUCGAACCAAAGCGCAGCAGCAGCAGCAGCAGCUCGACGUCACCGGAAGAGAAUGCGCAACACUCGAGCCGCGCAUCGAUUUGUCACACGACGACGAGCCAAAGUCUGGUGUCGUCCGAGUGGGAGGAGGCGCAGCAGAGGGUUUGCGAAAACGGAGAGGGAUGUUGCAUAGAAGUAAGCGAUUUACAAACAGCGGCGACUAUGCCGAGGUCAGAGAGCUACAGGAAAAUAGUGGAAGCUGCAGAGGACGCGAUAUCGACAACAAUGGAACCAGAUAGCAACCGGAUGAUAGCUGCGUCGUCUUCGGACACGGUUCUGUUGUUCGACAGGUUCCGUCCAGCAGCUCGGUUUGUAAAUAUUGAACGGGUACCAAGAACUAGGAGUAUUAGAAUUUUUGAAUUUUUCAAUGUUAGAAGAACAGAGCGUCGGAUUUACGAGAGAUAUCCAGAAAAUAGGCACCUGAUGAAAACUUUUAGUCAAGAAAAUGAAAAAUCCGAUCCAGAUUACAGUCCAAGCAAAAUUCCUGUGAAAGAUAACAAGGAUAACAGAAAUGGUAGAUUUUGGAGACAGCUGAGUAGAAGACGUACGAUAGAUAAAACGACAAAUGCGGCCUAGUAUCUAGUGUUUUUGAUGGACGAUAUUUAUUUUCUAGCAUUAAUUAACAUUUUUUCCCAAAAAUAAUCUUCAUAUAGUGAAAUACUUGGCAAAUUAGUCAGGUAAAUUAUUUGUUUGGAAGCCUAAACCGAAACAUCUAAAAAUACUUGCAGUGUAUUUUUAACUUAUAUUCACUAGAGUUAGAUGAUUUUACCAUAAUUGUUAAAUAAUUGUCAAUAAUAUAGCUCUAAUAAUAUGGUGCUUGAAAAAAUGUGUCAAGAUAAAUGUAAAUUUUUAAACAAUUUGUUAAGUAUAUGAGGUGUUCAAUUAGAUGUUGAAAUGUUGUUUCUUAUAGCCAAUUAUUUUAAUCUUUUUAAGGCAUUAUUCCACAAUUUUCUAUUACCCAAUAAUAUGGUGCCUUUUUAAUAAAAUUAUGUAGGCAUUUAUGUAUAAGAAUCUCAAAUUAUACGAUGGAGGAAGUACAUUUUAAAGUUACAUUGUCAAAGCUUUUAGAUUUAAAUUAUAAAACAAUGAAGUUUGGAAUAUUUCUAUUUUCAAAGUCCUACUCAUUGUGAUUUUUUGUAAAAUUUAGUUGAA